CAUAUUUUUGUUUUGCUAACUUGAUACCAAGGAGGAAGCUGGUGCACUGAAACUUCUCCAGUUAUGUACCAUCUUAAAUCAAUGACCCCGGUUCUGUCAGGGCAGUUAGAGAUCUAAAUGUCCUUGUGAGGGUCUUCGGACACCGGGCUGCUGAGUUCACCGACCCGCUCUUAUUUUUACAGCCACUGUUAGCUUGCGGAUGCUAACUUCAGCUAGCCUGAAGCUAGCAUAGCUACUAACUCGCCACACCGCAGGAGGACACACUGAGCUGGCAGAAGUCCUGCUGAUUCGUGAUUGUUUUUAUUUCCCCACCGGUGCACCGCCAGCACAGUGAGUGAUGUGGAAAGUAACUUUACAAGCGUUUGGUGUUUUGCUGUUGGCCUGGUUCUUCGGGAACUUUGUUCUAGGUUGGUUUCAACAACACAACGUAAAACCAACAACACAGCACGGCGAGCAUCCGAGCAGCGCUUCAGACAGCCAGGACCAGAGCUGCUUCUGCCAUCUGACGGGAGUCCUGGACGACUGCUUCUGUGACGUCGAAAGCAUCGACGUCUUCAACAACUUCAAGCUUUACCCUCGAAUCAAGAGGCUGACGGAGAAAGACUACUUCAGAUACUACAGAGUGAACUUGAAGCGACCGUGUCCCUUCUGGCCCAACGACGGACAUUGCGCCAUCAAAGACUGCCAUGUGGAGCCCUGUCCAGAGAGUAAGAUCCCGGUGGGCAUCAAGUCUGGGAACUACAACAAGUACUCCCAUGCAGCUAAUACACUGUCGGACGUGACGGAGUGUGAACAGGCCAAAGAACUGGGCGCCAUCAACAGCACCCUGAGUAACCAGACUAAACGAGCGUUCGCUGACUGGACGAGACACGACGACGCUCAGGAUUACUUCUGCGAGCUGGAUGAUGAAACCUCUCCAGACUCUGAGUAUGUGGAUCUGCUGCUGAAUCCGGAGCGAUUCACUGGAUACAAGGGUCCUUCAGCCUGGAGAGUCUGGAACAGCAUCUAUGAGGAAAACUGUUUCAAGCCUAGAUCAGUGUACCGACCUCUGAACCCUCUGGCUCUGAGCAGAGGAGAUGACGACGGAGAAGGUUUCUACAAGUGGCUUGAAGGUUUGUGUUUAGAGAAGAGAGUUUUCUACAGACUCAUCUCGGGUCUCCACAGCAGCAUCAACAUCCACCUGUGUGCCGAGUACCUGCUGGACGAGGGUUGGGGCCGCUCGGUGUGGGGUCCAAACGCUCAGGAGUUCCGGCAGCGCUUCGACACGGCAGAGACGAAGGGCGAGGGCACGCGGCGUCUGAAGAACCUCUACUUCCUGUACCUGAUCGAGCUGCGCGCGCUCUACAAGGUGGCGCCGUACUUCGAACGAGCGUUCAUCAACCUCUACACUGGAAACAUGCAGGAAGACGGAGCCACCAAGGAGCUGCUGCUGCAGGUGUUCAACGAGGUCAGAUCUUUCCCGAUGCACUUUGAUGAGAAGUCCAUGUUCGCCGGACACAAGAUCGAAGCCAAAAUAUUAAAGGAAGAAUUCCGCCUUCACUUUAAAAACAUCUCCAGGAUCAUGGACUGCGUCGGCUGCAGUAAAUGUCGACUGUGGGGGAAACUGCAGACUCAGGGUCUGGGCACAGCUCUGAAGAUCCUCUUCUCUGAGAAGGAGAUCCAGGAUCUCCCGGAGCACAGCCCCUCUCAAGGCUUCCAGCUGACUCGGCAGGAGAUCGUGGCCUUACUGAACGGAUUCGGCAGGUUGUCCACCAGUAUACAACAGCUGCACAGUUUCCGUCUGCUGUUGAAGGACAACAGGUAACAGAAGGUGAAGUCUCACCUGGCCAGUAGGCGGCGCCUGAGAACUGCAAUAGUCUAAUCCUCACCCAGAAGAAGGCCUUUUUCAUGGACAUCAGGAUCAGCAGUGAACCGCUCUCUCCUCCCAACUGUCUCUCCCUUCUCCCCCUUCUGUACCUCCGUCUCCUCCGUCUGGUAGAUCAUGAAUGUUGACUCUUCUGCCUCCUCUUGCCUACGUCAGAAAAGUCUCCAGCUUCUUGAAACUUCACCCGACGUCUUUUUCUCACCGCUGUAAAGCGUGUCGGCCAGUGACGAAACCUUUUUCAUUUAAAUGUUGUUUUUUGUUCUCUUUUGAGAAGUCGACCUGUAAAAUCAGCAGGUCGUUUGUGACGUUUCUACAAAGCUAAAGGAAAUGAUCGGAUGUUGGCUCGGACUUGUGAUGCAGAAUAAACUGUCCAACAGGAAGUGACUGAUUUAAAGCUGUCGGGGGGGUGAAACCUUAAAUCACUUUACCGUUAACUUCUCUUUCCUGCUGACCCCGCCCUCUGCUGACAUCACAUCCUGUUAGAUUUUUACACUCGUGUGAACCCGAGUCUUUACCGCUUUUCUGUAAGGAUGUAGAAAUAGUUUGUCCUGAGAAAGGACUCGAGUCGGGACGGUUUGUCCAGAGAAAAGUGCGUCUGAACCGUCAGGACUCUGCUGCCUGAUUUGUGAUUUGUUUGUGUGUUAUUUGUUUUCUCUUCCUCUCCUCUUUCACCUUCUUCUGUUUUUAGAGAAGUUUGUUGCUCAAAGCCAGAGGAUCUGGACCAAUCUGCUCGAGUUUACCAUGUCAGGCCUAAUUUAUGUCAGCUCGCUAGAAGGUGUGUGUGUGUGUGUGUGUGCAUGUGUGUGUGCGUGUAGAAGUAUCCACUAGCCACGUGUUGGUGGACACAGCUGCUGAGAAGUUUGACUGCCUUCACUUUGAAGGCCUCUGCAGACUAUGCAGCGCUGUGUAGACAUUUUAUGGGUUUCCUAGUUCCUUCUUUAAAUAUAUUUAAAGUCCAGCUCUUCAAUAUCCAACCUGAAACUAACUUCAGCUUCAAGUUGAUUCUCCUCUACAUCGCCUUCGUCUCAACACCUUUCUGUUUUGCUGCUCAGAUCAUUCACUGCAAAGUAAACGCUCAAUGUGACAUAAAAAUAUUACAUUAGCAGAAAGUAUUUGUGCCGAGGCCUUCGCUGUAAAACCAUGCAGGAAACGUGGAAAAGUUCAAUAAACUAGUUUUUGCACGAUGUAUAAAAUGUUAAAAACGACUUGAUAAACCGGGUUAUUAACAACAUGCACAAUAAAAGUCACGACAGUC